AUGCUAUCGGUAUCAGCAACGCCCAAAGCACCACCUGCGUCGACACUCAGCCGAGCUUCCCGAGCUUCGAGGCGGCCUGAGACUAGCUGGGCCUCAGGCGUGCGCCCGGGCGCAGGUGCUAGCGCCCUGUGCUUGGCAUGGGUGCACCAGCAGGUUCGACGGCGUGGGGCCGGACCGUUGCGGGCGCUGAAGCCCGGCGACUACGGACUGCCGCCCAAGCUUGCGGGCAUGGCUUCGGCUUUAGCCGGCCUUCCAAACGACCGCAUGAGAUACCAGCAGCUUAUGGCUUUGGCUGCGAAGCUGCCGGCAAUGCCAGCGGAGCUGAAGCUUCCAGAAAACAAGGUCCCUGGCUGCUUGAGCACGGUGCACGUGAGUGCCCAGCUGGAGGAGGACGGCACCGUUAGCUUCCAGGGAGACUCAGAUGCCCUGAUAUCCAAAGGCCUUUGUGCUUUGCUGGUGCUGUGCCUCAGCGGCUGUACACCGGAGGAAAUUGCCGGCGUGAAGCCCGAGUUUAUCAAGGCCUCCGGCAUUUCGGCGGCUUUGACACCGGGCCGUAACAAUGGCUUCUUCAACAUGCCGUGGCCCAAGAGUGCGUCCGAAGACACUAAUGUGUGCUUUGAGGCAAUAAUAUCCUCUCCCAAGUCGGGCCCUGCACAACAGGGGCGGCAGAAGGGCCCAUAG